AUGGUCUUGCAGGCGGACACGGACCCCAAGGUCACGCAGGCCCUCAUUCAGUCGGCCAAGUCGAAAUACGCAUGGAACGCCGUGCGACGCAUCCCGCUGGCGGCGUGGGUGGCGACGCAGCACGCGCUGGGCUGGUCCGAGCAGUCGCAGUACGUCGACCUCUGGACGCGCCUCGUCGUCGGCGUCGGGCAGUCCUUCUUCUCGGGCCAGGACGGCCCGACGUCCAUUGCCGAGCUGCAGGCCAUGACGCUGCGGCCGCGGAGCGUGCCCGGCCAGACGUGGAUCAGCAAGUACACGUCGCCGCCGCCGCCCGAGACGGGCGCCGUGGACGCCGUCAUGGGCGCCGUCAAUAGCAUGGUGCGGCUGGAUCCGGACGUGGCGCGCCUGACGAGGACGCCCGGCUACGUCCCCGUCGAGGCGGAAUGGACCGCGUACAGGCCGGAGGCGGGCCCUUUGCCCGAGGUGUCGGAACAGGAAAGGUAUGUAGCGAUGAUGAAGGAUGUCACGGAGCCGACGACGAUCGUGUAUCUUCAUGGGGGCGGGUACUUGAUGCUGGAUCCCAAGUCGCACCGGCCGUUUCUGAAGCAGUUGUGCAAGCGUACCGGCGGUCGCGGCUAUUCUGUGCGCUAUCGCCUCUCGCCCCAAGGAGUCUUUCCAGCCGCCCUGUUGGAUGCGUUUGUCUCGUAUCUGACUUUGCUGUAUCCACCGCCCGGUGCAUUCCACGACCCCGUUAGACCAGAGCACAUUGUCAUUGCUGGGGACAGCGCCGGGGGAAACUUGACUCUGUCACUGUUGCAGCUUCUUCUAGAACUGAGACGGCAAAAUGUCCGCGUGGCGUGGUACGGCGAGGAGCGCGCCGUUCCGCUCCCCGCCGGCGCCGCCUGCAACUCGCCGUGGCUCGACGUCACGCACAGCCUCAUCCCGUACGGCGGCGACCGGCCGCGCAAGUACGACGUGACGUCGCUGCCCGUGCCGGAGACGGGCUGGAUGCCGCGCACGCGUGCGGACCACCUCUGGCCGGCCAGCCCGCCGCGGCUCAACUUUUACGCCGACGACCACCUCGUCGCGCACCCGCUCGUGUCCGUCAUCGGCACGCGCGCCGAGGACUGGGCCGGCGCGCCGCCCGUGUACAUCUGCACCGGCUGGGAGCACCUGGGCACCGAGGCGCGCGUGUUUGCGCGCCGGCUGGCCACCGGGACGGACGUGCCCGUCGUGCUGGACGACUACGAGGCCAUGCCGCACUGCUUCGCGCUCAUCCUCCAGACGACGCCAACGGCGGAGCACUGCUGGCGCGGGUGGUCGGCGUUUAUCAGGCGCUGCGUCGACGAGCCGGGGCGCAUCAGGAGCAAGGCCACCAGGGUCAAGCCAAAGACGCUGGUGGAAGAGGAAGUGGAUUUUGAGGAGCUGCUGGAGAUGAGCGACGAUGAGGCGCGGGCCAUUUUUGAAUCACAAAGCUACCCUUUCAAAGUUGCACCUCGAUUAUAG